UGCUCGCGUUGUGCCUCUUUCAAUCAACUCGGUGUUUUUUUCUCAUUCUGCAAUUAAAGUCAGAUAUGGGCUUCGAUCAAGGCUAAUUAUAUGAAAAUGCAGAAAAAAUGGGAUAGGUUCAAAAGUUCGGUUAAUAUGAACGUAUGGAAGGAAAUGUGCGAGGCUGCAGUCUUAUACGGUUAUCACCCCACUAUGUUGAACCACGGCAUAACUUUAAUGUUGGCGAAUAUGCCCAGAGUAUUCCCAAAUGUACCAUCGCAACCCGGAAUGCCAUGUCAAGGAGAGGAUCGUAGCAUUUACAGAAGAGGAGCGAGACGCUGGAGGAAGUUGUACAGAGUGAAUGGUCACAUAUUUCAAGCAAAACGAUUUAAUAGGAGAGCUUUCUGUGCGUUUUGCCAUGAUAGAAUUUGGGGUUUAGGAAGACAAGGCUUCAAAUGUAUUCAAUGUAAGCUCUUGGUUCACAAAAAGUGCCACAAAUUGGUUCAAAUUCCCUGUACCAAUGAACAUAUCGAGCCAAUUAUCAAGGAAGAUCACAAUGGAGAAACUCAAGCUGUCGGUAUAGCACGAAGCGAACUAAUAUCUGAACUGAGAGAUUUUCCUGAACCACCACCUGAUGUUACAGGUGACUCAGUACCAGUAGAAGAUCCUUCCAAGGUAUCUGAUGAGGCGCUCGAACCAGGAUCACAACGACAAUACUCGCUCAAUGAUUUUGACUUAAUUCGUGUAAUCGGCAGAGGUUCCUAUGCUAAAGUUUUAAUGGUGGAAUUGAAAAAAACUGGUAGAAUUUACGCAAUGAAAGUUAUUAAAAAGGCUUUAGUAACCGACGAUGAAGACAUAGAUUGGGUCCAAACUGAAAAGCACGUCUUCGAGACGGCGUCAAAUCAUCCAUUUUUAGUUGGUCUCCAUUCUUGUUUUCAAACACCUUCCAGAUUAUUUUUUGUUAUUGAAUUCGUGCGCGGUGGUGAUCUUAUGUUUCAUAUGCAACGACAACGGCGUUUACCGGAGGAACACGCCCGGUUUUACGCCGCUGAAAUUUCACUAGCUCUUAACUUUUUGCACUGCAAAGGAAUUAUUUAUCGUGACUUAAAGCUUGACAAUGUCCUGUUAGAUCAUGAAGGUCAUAUCAAGCUGACAGACUACGGUAUGUGUAAGGAGGGAAUACGGCCAGGCGAUACCACUUCAACUUUCUGCGGAACUCCGAAUUAUAUCGCACCCGAGAUUUUACGAGGUGAAGACUACGGAUUUUCAGUGGACUGGUGGGCGCUUGGAGUGCUACUGUAUGAAAUGCUUGCUGGACGAUCUCCAUUUGAUAUAGCGGGCGCUUCGGAAAAUCCUGACCAAAAUACUGAAGACUACUUAUUCCAAGUUAUAUUAGAAAAAACAAUCCGUAUUCCUAGGUCCCUUAGCGUUAAGGCGGCUAACGUUCUUAAAGGGUUUCUUAAUAAGAAUCCGGCCGAUCGACUGGGUUGUCAUAGCUCCGAAUCGUUUGUUGAAAUUACAAGUCACCAGUUUUUCAAGAGCAUUGAUUGGGAUAUGCUAGAACAGAAACAAGUACCACCCCCAUAUAAACCAAGAUUAGACGGUGACAGAGAUUUAGCGAAUUUCCCACCCGAGUUUACCGAUGAACCUGUACAUCUCACUCCGGAUGAUCCGCGCGUGAUAGAAAAAAUAGAUCAGUCCGAGUUCGAAGGUUUUGAGUACGUCAAUCCAUUAUUAAUGUCCUUGGAAGACUGCGUGUGACAUCACGAGUUAUGUGCUUUACACCCCAAAAAUUUACCACCUCCUCCCUUACCACGUUUUCCACCACCUGUUUUCCCUCCUCCGCCACCACCCGAGCUAGAGGGAUACGACGUCAGUUUAGUGCAAGUCGAUAUUAGACCAAGUAAGUCUAUUUUACAAAAUAUUUUUUGCCUUCCGCUAAAUUAAUCGAAUAGUGCAAGAAAACAAGAUUUUUGAUACAAUCUGCAUUUAGUUAUUGUUUACGUUUGAUACAAUUGCAUCUACUGUAUUUUGAUGCUUGCGCUUUUUGAGAAAGUGGACGUUUCCACUUUCGAGUUAAAAAUUCUAAAGUUGAUGAUGAAGGUAAUGUAGAUCAG